AUGGACAACACCGCCAAGCUCUGGGACGUGGAGACCGGACAGCAGAUUGCCUCGCUGGAAGGUCACUCGGCAGAGAUAGUUUCACUGAACUUCAACACUGAUGGCGACAAGAUCCUCACCGGAUCCUUCGACAACACUGCGAAGGUUUGGGAUGUCCGAAGUGGGCGGUGCCUGCACACGCUCGCCGGCCACCGGGGGGAGAUCUCGUCGACUCAGUUUGAUUUUACCGGCGACUACUGCAUCACCGGGAGCAUCGAUCGGACAUGCAAGCUCUGGGACGUGAACAACGGCCAGUGCAUGGAGACCCUCAGGGGCCAUUCCGACGAGGUCCUGGAUGUGUGCUUCAACACCACGGGGAACCGCCUGGUCACUGCCUCGGCGGACUGCACGGCGCGGGUCUACAAUGUGAUGACCGGCGCGUGCAUCUCCAUCCUGAUAGGUCACGAGGGAGAGAUCUCCAAGGUGCAGUUCAGCCCGAACGGGUACAAGAUUAUCACGGCCUCGAGUGACCGGACUUGCCGGCUUUGGUCCGUGGAGACCGGGGAAUGCCUUCAGGUGUUGGAAGGGCACAGUGAUGAGAUCUUCUCGUGUGCCUUCAACUACGAGGGCGACACGGUCAUCACCGGCUCCAAGGACAACACCUGCCGGAUUUGGAAAGAUAACUUUUUCACCCCGGCCGACGAGGAUGAUCAGUACGAAGACUGA